GGGGAUCCAGAGGUUCGUGGGCCCUGAGGGGGAACCUCGGGCGCGGAGGGUCGUCGCCCCGCGGUCCUGUGUCGUGGACGGACCUCCCUCCCCUCAAUUUUCUCGGCUCCAGGGCUGUGUUGGCUGAGCCGGUUUAUCAGAGGUUUGUUUGAUGGGAACCAGGAAGUAAGGCCAGCGCCCGCAGAGGUGCGUGUAGAGCGCAAAGCCAUCGGAGUCCCCACGCGAUUCUCACUCCCUUGUUUCCCCGGGUUCCGGGGACUUACGAAGUGAAGAGCUAUAUGUCUGUGUGGAGCUGAAUUUUCUUCAUAUACUGUAACCAAAGUAACAUGGCAGAUUGAAUGCAAAAGCAGAUGUGAGAAUUCAACUGUCUUCCAGUAACGAGUAGAAGAUGAACAAACCAAUAACACCAUCAACAUAUGUGCGCAACCUCAAUGUUGGACUAAUUAGGAAGCUAUCAGAUUUUAUCGAUCCUCAAGAAGGAUGGAAGAAAUUAGCCGUGGCUAUUAAAAAGCCAUCUGGUGAUGAUAGAUACAAUCAGUUUCACAUAAGGAGAUUCGAAGCAUUAAUUCAAACUGGAAAAAGUCCCACUUCUGAAUUACUCUUUGACUGGGGUACUACAAAUUGCACUGUUGGUGAUCUUGUAGAUCUUUUGGUCCAAAAUGAGUUUUUUGCUCCUGCAAGUCUUUUGCUGCCAGAUGCUGUUCCCCAAAUUGUUAAUACCCUACCUUCUAGAGAGGCAGUAACAGUUCCACAGAAACAGAUGCCUUUCUCUGAAAGAGACAGAAUAUCUGUGAUACCUAUGCAAAAUCUUGAACAAAACUAUGUGCCACCUGACUCCACAAGUCCAGAAAAUAAAGGUUUAGAAGUUGGUGAUACACGUUUCCACAGUUUUUCAUUUUAUGAGUUAAAGAGUGUCACAAAUGAUUUUGAUGAACGACCCAUUUCUGUUGGUGGAAAUAAAAUGGGAGAGGGAGGAUUUGGAGUUGUGUAUAAAGGCUACGUGAACAAUACAACUGUGGCAGUGAAGAAGCUUACAGCAAUGGUUGACAUUGGUACUGAGGAACUGAAACAACAGUUUGAUCAAGAAAUAAAAGUAAUGGCAAAGUGUCAACAUGAAAACUUAGUAAAACUGCUUGGUUUCUCGAGUGAUGGCGAUAACCUCUGUUUAGUAUAUGUUUACAUGCCCAAUGGCUCUUUGCUAGACAGACUGUCAUGCUUGGAUGGUACUCCACCACUUUCUUGGCAUAUGAGAUGCAAGAUUGCUCAGGGUGCAGCUAAUGGCAUCAGUUUUUUACACGAAAGCCAUCAUAUUCAUAGAGAUAUUAAAAG